AUGUACUUCAAAACUGCUAUCAUCUCUGCCUUUGCGCUCCUUUUCGCUGGCCAGGCUAUGGGCGCCGCUCUCAUCGCUACUAACCCAGAUGCUGCCUGUAACUGCCCAAACAACUGCUCCCAUGGGGAUGGCUCUGGUUGCAAGUACUAUGCCGGUCCCUCUGACAGUUCUUCGGUUGUUUCUGGUAAAUGUCGUAGGAAAAACGGAGCAUUGACCUGCGUUCCAUAA